AUGCAAUCACCAGUCUCGCCAUCUUGCAAGAAACAAGAACAAGAACAAGAAAAAGAAAAAGAAAAAGAAGUUGUUCAAAUUAAACGGGAAACCAGAGGAGUUGAUUUAUUAACACCACCAAAUUCAUCAACUGAAGCCGAGUCAGCCUCCAAUGCAAAGCCGCUUACUCCAACUGCUUUUUCACCAAACCACCAUGAUUAUUACCAUCAAGCACAUUUAAGUAAAGCUCAAUUCAACUCGAUUUUGGUCAAUUGUGCCACCAAUUUAUUAAAAAUUUUGUACUCCAAGCAAAAACAACAUACUUGUGACACUAAGCAGGUCAAACAGUUUAUCAUUGAAAUUCUUAAGCGUUCCAAAACUUCAAUUCAAUCCUUGCAAUUGGCUUGUUUUUACAUUUACAAGUUAAUAAUUACCAAUAACUCAAACUUGCCUGUCAAGUGUCAACAUUUGUUUCUUGGACUAGUCAUUAUUGCCUCCAAAUUCAAUCAAGAUUAUAACUACUCAUUUAAAUCAUGGUGUAAAAUCAUUGGCUUGACUGAAGAAUCCAAACAUAUUAAACAUUUACGCGAAGUUGAAAUUCAAGUCCUUGGUUUAUUAAAAUAUGAAUUAGGAUUAAUGGGUGACAAAUAUGAAAAUUGGUGCAACAUUUUAUUCAUCUUUGGUUACGAUUUUAUCAAGUAUCAAAUCAUUAAACAAAAUACAACAGAGGAUAUUGUAUCCAAUGAUUUAAUUUGGGACUUGGAUGUAUAUUCGUAUACUACUAAAUUGACUAAAUGGUGGCAGUUUUUCCAAGAUUUGAAAAUUGAUAAUUUGAAAAUUGUCAAGAUCAAAUUUGAAUCUUAUUUCAAUCAACAAUUGAAUCAAAAAGUAUUUAUCGUUCAAGAUGCAACUAAGAAAAGAUGCAGAGAUGAUGUUACAGUUACUUUAUUCGACCAUAUUAAGAAAAUCAAAGUUUAA